AUGAAAUACUCUGCCAUUUUUAUUAUCUUUUCUGCCAACUUUAUAUUGUACGCUCAAUCCCAAUACCACCCAUCACCAUGCCAAGUAGGGCAAGAUACCUAUGUUGAUCAAAAGGUGGGUGAAUACCUGUCUAUAUGCGAUUCUGACGGUACAUCUAUGCUCCCCUCCAAUGCAACAGCAAAACUUUCCAAUGCUGGUGUUCUGACCGAAGAGGUAAAAGACUCACAGAGAGAGCGAAUGGCCCUUUUGAAUGUCGCUCUGAAGGGUAGUGCAUACAUUGGUUGGCAUCGCGUAUACGCAGAUUACAGCCCUCAUCGACACUGA